AUGACAUGAAAUAGUAAAUAUUUUGUGGAUUUUUUUCUUCAGUUGUACAUUUAACUUGGUUCAAAACUAAUGUGUCUGUCAAGUCCUACAAUAGCAUGUUAUUAGGAUUCUUGAUGUUUACUGUAGCUUUUGAUGCUAGUCACUGUCUUUGUUGCAACGCAACAUUAAUUCCUCUUGGUAUUUUUGUCUCAUGUCUGUAUCCUGUCUGUGGCAGGAAGAAGGCGUGAUAGGCAAUGUGACAUCAGUGCAAACACGACUUUUUCUUACUGACAGGCAGAACUUAGUUUAAAGUUUAGACUGGGCUGAAGGCUUGCUUCAUUGUGCAAGUGUUUAAGUUCCCUUUCACUAUUCCUCAUGUUAGUACCUCUCAUGUGACAAUUUUCCUUGGGUUUCUUAUAAACUUCAUAAGCAGUUUUAAUGUUUGAAAUGGUUUUGUGUCUACAGUUCUUUUAACUGCCGGGACAUUUCUGAACCUGAGUGUUCCAGUUGGACUUUACUCUUGACUCUGUUUCUGGUGUUUGCAUCAGGCCUGAGUGGAAUGUUUGCUCCUCUGUACCUCCAGAUGUGUGUGGAUGCUGGAACAAGACCAGCAUAGUGUGAAUGACAUGCACACUUGUUGUGCCGCGAACAUCAGGGACCUUAAUACAUUCACACAGCUGACGCACUCAGACAAAUCCAAACUGAUCAAUGGAGUCCUUAUGUGGACAGCCAACUGGUUUCCAUGACAAUCAGAGAUGCAGUGAGAGUCCAGUAGUGAUUUCCUCCUAUACCUUACAGUUAGGUUUAGACUGCGCUGACGGAGGACAUAAUUAUGACAUAGUGAACAAUGCUGUGGUCUCAACACCAGGGCCACAAAACAACAGAGCCCAAAAUGUGUCUCUAAGACAAAGCUGGGAGAUGAACUACCAAGAGGCUGCCAUUUACUUGCAGGAGGGAGAGAACAAUGAUAAGUUCUUCACUCAUCCUCGAAACCCAAAAGCACUGGCAGCAUACCUGUUUGCCCACAACCAUGUGUUUUAUAUGAUGGAGCUCCUGACAGGCCUGCUGCUGAUGAUGCUGUCUCUGUGUGAAGCUCCCGCUGUUCCUUCACUGCGCAUGGAUGUCUACGUUCAUGCCACUCUGGAGCUGCUGGCUUUGGUUAUGGUGGCAUUUGAGCUAUGCAUGAAACUCCGCUGGUUAGGUUUCCACACUUUCAUACGGCACAAGAGGACCAUGGUGAAGACGUGUGUGUUGCUGCUACAGUUUGUGGAGGCCAUCGUGGUUCUAAUCAGGCAAACAUCUCAUGUGCGAGUAACCAGAGCGCUCAGACCCAUAUUCCUGGUGGACUGUAGAUACUGUGGGGCUGUACGGAGAAACCUGCGCCAGAUCUUCCAGUCCCUCCCACCUUUUAUUGACAUACUCCUGCUGUUGCUUUUCUUCAUGGUUAUAUUUGCUAUCUUGGGUUUCUGCCUCUUCUCUACAAACACUGCUGACCCGUACUUUAACACUCUGGAGAACAGCCUCGUCAGCCUGUUCGUGCUGCUGACCACAGCAAAUUUCCCUGACGUGAUGAUGCCGGCGUACUCUAAGAACCGAUGGUCUUGUGUUUUCUUCAUUGUUUAUCUUUCCAUAGAGCUCUACUUCAUCAUGAACCUGCUCCUGGCAGUGGUGUUUGAUACAUUUAAUGGUGUCGAGAAGAUGAAGUUUAAAUCUCUUUUGCUUCACAAACGCUCUGCUAUUGACCAUGCUUUUCAGCUUUUAGUCAGCAGACAGAGGCCGAUGGGUGUCUCUCUAAAACAGUUUGAUGGUCUGAUGCGAUUUUACAGACCACGGAUGUCUCCAAGAGACCGCUUCCUCACGUAUAAAGCUCUUAAUACAUCCGGGGCUUCUAUGCUGAGCCUUCAGGACUUUUAUAAGUUCUAUGAAGUCAUUGGCCUUAAAUGGAAGCCACGGCGGAGUGGAGAACACUGGUUUGAUGAUCUUCCACACACAACCUUCCUUAUUUUUAAGGGCAUCAACCUGCUUGUGAAGUCCAAGGCCUUCCAGUAUGCCAUGUAUGUGGUGGUAGCCAUCAAUGGUGUGUGGAUCCUUGUGGAGACGUACACUCUGAAUAGUGGUCAUUCCUGGUCCAAAGUUAUUCCCUGGAGUUACAUUGUGUUCCUGACAAUUUAUGGUGUAGAGGUGUUAUUGAAAAUAACCGGUUUGGGGCCAUUGGCUUAUUUCAGCUCUGGGUGGAAUCUGUUUGACUUCUCAGUGACGGUGUUUGCCUUCCUGGGCCUGAUUGCCCUCGUCUUCAAUAUGGAACCUUUCUACUUUAUUGUAGUGCUCAGACCACUCCAGCUGCUCAGAUUAUUUAAGAUCAAGCAGAGAUAUCGUAAUGUGCUGGACACCAUGUUCGAGCUCUUCCCCAGGAUGGCAAGUCUGGGACUGACGUUAAUCAUCUUCUAUUACUCCUUUGCCAUUGUGGGAAUGGAGUUCUUUGCAAAUGUUGUUUACCCCAACUGCUGCAACACCAGCACAGUGGCUGACUCUUACAGACAGAUCAACAUCACUUACGGCAACAAAACAGUGUUGGAAGAGGGCUACUAUUACCUCAAUAACUUCAACAACAUUCUCAGCAGCUUUGUGACUUUGUUUGAGCUGACUGUGGUCAACAACUGGUACAUCACCAUGGAAGGAGUCACCUCUAUGACAAGCCACUGGAGUCGUCUGUACUUCAUGACUUUUUACAUAGUAACGAUGGUGGUGAUGACAAUCAUUGUGGCUUUUAUUCUGGAUGCAUUUGUGUUUCGUAUGAACUACAGCCGCAAGAACCAGGAACCAGUGGAUAAUCCAGAGGAUGAGAAUGGGAUAGUGUUUGAGGUAGAGGUGAGUCGAGAUGAAGCUCUGGCCACUCUUGAACUAUACAAGCAGACAUGUCCAGGACUGUCCUCCCUCAGCUCUCUGGCAGGAGUCCUACAAGCUAUGGACAGGAGUGGGCAUUCAUCACUGGUGUACCUGGGUCGCAGGUCGAGGACAAAAAGCGACCUAAGCAUGAAAAUGUAUGAGGAAGAGAUACAGGAAUGGUAUGCAGAAUAUUCAAGGGAAACCCUUCCUCAACCAGACCAAAGCUUGGAGCCAGAUUUGGACAGUCCAAUCUCGGAACAAUCUUCCCUUCCAGAGCCUCAGCUGAACUCACAGACUGGACAUUACAGUGUUAACUAAUGCACAUUUUGCAAGCUGUAUGUACAAAACAAAACAAAAAAACUAAUGUCAAGCAAAGAAACCCAGACACUUCCAUUUCUCCAACACUUACCCUAACCCUGAGUAGGAGA